AUGGGCCUCUGCAGAAUUUCGCUUCUGCAGACGCGCCCUCCUCUGCAGACCCUAAUUUCUGCAGAUGCGAACUCCUCUGCAGCGAAACCCAAAUCUCGCUUCUGCGGACUCCACUCUUCUGCAGAGCUUCGCUUCGACCUCUGCGACAGGGCUGUAGUCCUCCUCGGCCAUGCGCCAUGGUGUGCCGCCUCGCCUCGUCAUCGGCGCAUCGCCGCCACAUCGCCGCCUCAUCGCCACCACAUCACCGCCACAUCGCCACCACAUCGCCGCCACGUCGCCUCGCCUCCUCCUCGACGCCACAUUGACGCCUCGCCUCCCAUCACCUCAUCGCCACCCCAUCGCCUCCUCCCCGCCUCGACUCCUCAUCGCCUCCACAUCGCCACAUCGCCUCCACAUCGCCGCCUCGCCUCCACAUUGGCGCGCCGCAUCGCCGCGUCAUCAUCCCCCACACCUCCACCGCCACCUCGCCGCCUCCACGAACGAAACAGGCUGUCCUUCCCCUGCCCCUUGGUCAUGUUCCCCCUUUUCCCUUUCCUCCACUCCAACCCCCCCCUUGCCCUCAUCUUUCUCCCCCCUCCUGUCCUCCACGUUCACCCCCGUCCUGUCCUCCUAUCUCCUUCCUGGCCCUCCUCUCCCCCCGCUGGCCACCUCUCUCCCCCCUUUCUUCCUCUCUCCUCCCUUUCUUCCUCUCUCCUUCUUUCUUCCUCUCUCCUCCCUUUCUUCCUCUCUCCCCAUUUUCUUCCUCUCUCCCCCCUGUCUUCCUCUCUCCCCCUUUUCUUCCUCUCUCCUCUCUUUCUUCCUCUCUCCCCUUUUUCUUCCUCUCUCCCCCCUAUCUUCCUCUCUCCCCUUUUUCUUCCUCUCUCCCCUUUUCUUCCUCUCUCCCCCUUUUCUUUCUCUCUCCUCCCUUUCUUGCUCUCUCCCCUUUUCUUUCUCCCUCCCUCAUCCCGUCCUCCCCCCUCUCAUCCCUUCCUCCCCUCCCUCAUCCCGUCCACCCCUCUCUCAUCCCUUCCUCCUCUCCCACAUCCCAUCCUCCCCCCUCUCAUCCCUUCCUCCCCUCCCUCAUCCCGUCCUCCCCUCUAUCAUCCCUUCCUCUCCUCCCUCAUCCCGUCCUCCCCUCUAUCAUCCCUUCCUCCCCUCCCUCAUCCCGUCCUCCCCUCUAUCAUCCCUUCCUCCCCUCCCUCAUCCCGUCCUCCCCUCUAUCAUCCCUUCCUCCCCUCCCUCAUCCCGUCCUUCCCUCUAUCAUCCCUUCCUCCCCUCCCUCAUCCCGUCCUCCCCUCUAUCAUCCUUUCCUCGUCCCUCAUCCCUUCCUCCCCUCUCUCAUCCCUUCCUCCCCUUCCUCAUCCCGUCCUCCCCUCUCUUGUCCUUGUUCCCAUGAAUCAGCCAGCCCUCCUGGUCGCUAUCUUCCCUAACCGGUCCCUCUUCUCCUCUAAACAUACGCCUCCAGGGAGCAGGGACGCCUCCUCAUGUCCUCGCGGCAUGGCAGAUGACAUGUAG